AUGCAGGUGAAGACAGGACGACCCGUGUUCAAGACCAGCAAGAAGCCCUACUCCACCAUAUUCGUGCACAGCCACUCCCACACGGGCGGCCUCCUCGAUCCCCAGCACAACGCCAUCCCCGCCGACCAGGCGCAUGACGCCAACGCCAUCCUGCUGGGCGGGCAACGGGACAUCCUGAUAACGUCCCUCCCCGUAGAAUCCUCCUACCUCAGCUAUUGGACGGAUGUGCUCAAACUGUCGCGGCCGCUCAUCUACAACUUGCCCCCCGCCCGCUUCAAGGGCACCCUCCUCGACUCCCUGCUGGAGAGCUUGGACGACUUUGUGGACUUUGUGAAGGAGAAGAAGGCCAAGGGCGUGCUCAAGGACACCCUCGUCCUCUCCGUCUUCGAGGCCGAGGAGAAGGACAAGGAGCUCCUCACCCGCCUACAGAACGCGGGCGUGGGCAAGGUGAUCUCCGAGUGCAACUACGACCAGCUCGGCCUGGGCACCAAGACCACCUGGCGCACCUUCUGCGCGUCCAACGGAAUCCCGCAGCUUCCGGGGGGCAUCUUCCGCACGGCCAAGGAGGCUCUGGACUUCACCCGCCACGAGCUCGCGCGCCGCCACGCUGUCGUGCUCAAGUCGCCCCACGGCAUCGCUCAGCCGCGCGCCCACCAAGUGGCCGUUGUCGCCGUUGCGCUCGAGCAGCCUCUCAAAGCUCGGCAGCUGCGCCGGCAGGGUCUCCCCGACCAGCUUCUGCUUGGCCUCGGCCUGUUGGUCGGCCGGCGUGCCAAAGAUGACCUUGGCGAUGGCCGUGAACGUGUCGGCCACGCCUUCGUUGGCCUGGUCGAUCAGGGCCGCCUCGUGGGGGCUGGCCCCGUUGUAGCCGUGCUUGCGGGCCAGGUGGCGCGCGAUGGCCGAGCUCUGGACCAGGGUCAGGCCAUCGGGCUCCUCUUGGUGACCGGCACGAAGUCGUAG